ACGCACAACACAUAGACAUAGAAACACAGUCGGCCAUGACUGUAUGACAGGUGUAAUAAGCUCUUGAGUGAACUUUAUUUGCAGUGUUUAUUCUUAAACUCUCGCCAGCGUUACCCAUUCGAACUACUGAAGUGCCGUUUGACAUUCAAGCUACAUUGUAUUGUCGAAAAAGAGCAGUCCCAAACAAACCGGUAGUUGGAUGAAACUUGGCCGAUAUUCCUUCAAGAAGAUAUUAGAGGUUUUGUUUAAGAGUGACUUAGUUUACAGGAGGAUCAAAAGUCUUUUCAUUUGAAUUGUACUUCGAAAUUUCUACCAUUGUCUCACUUCUUUUGCCACAGGUCGAUAAAAUAGAGGCGGCAUCGUCACAUCUCGUACUCAAGCACCCCGGUGGGAAAUCACCAGGAAUCGUGGGCUCAAAUGGCGUCCCGAUUAUCCAAUCAGUUCUACACCGUCGAGGUGGGCGAUACCAAGUUUACAAUCCUACGGAGGUAUCAAAAUCUAAAACCUAUCGGAUCUGGAGCACAGGGGAUCGUUUGUGCCGCUUGGGAUACAGUUACAGGACAGAACAUUGCCAUCAAGAAAUUGAGUAGGCCAUUUCAGAAUGUGACUCAUGCUAAGAGAGCCUAUCGUGAAUUCAAACUGAUGAAAUUGGUCAAUCACAAAAAUAUCAUAGGUUUGCUCAAUGCCUUCACGCCGCAAAAGUCGAUCAGUGAGUUUUCAGACGUUUAUCUGGUUAUGGAAUUGAUGGAUGCCAAUCUUUGUCAGGUUAUACAAAUGGAUUUGGAUCAUGAGCGAAUGUCAUACCUUCUUUAUCAGAUGCUCUGUGGUAUCAAACAUCUCCAUCUUGCUGGAAUAAUACAUAGAGAUCUAAAACCUAGUAACAUUGUGGUCAAGUCAGAUUGCACACUAAAAAUUCUUGAUUUUGGACUGGCGAGAACAGCAGGAACUAAUUUUAUGAUGACUCCUUACGUCGUCACACGAUAUUAUCGCGCACCAGAAGUGAUUCUCGGUAUGGGUUACAAAGAAAAUGUCGAUUUGUGGUCUGUUGGCUGCAUCAUGGGUGAAAUGAUCCGUGGCUAUGUUCUUUUUCCUGGCACUGAUCAUAUCGACCAAUGGAACAAAAUCAUCGAACAACUAGGAACUCCUAGUGUUGAAUUCAUGAAACGCUUGCAACCGACUGUCCGCAGCUAUGUCGAAAACAGGCCGAAAUAUCCAGGCUACGCCUUCGAGAAGCUUUUCCCAGACGGACUUUUCCCUGCAGAAUCAUCGGAACAUAGUAGAUUAAAAGCUAGCCAAGCUCGUGAUCUCCUAUGUAAGAUGCUGGUGGUCGAUCCCGAGAAGCGCAUCUCGGUCGACGAGGCCUUAUUGCAUCCAUACAUCAGCGUCUGGUACGAGGAUGGCGAAGUCAACGCACCUGCUCCCGGUCCCUACGAUCACUCGGUGGAUGAUCGUGAGCACACUGUUGAUCAGUGGAAAGAGCUGAUCUACAAGGAAGUCAUGGAGUACGAAGCCGCCCAUUCCACCCCAACUUAUGCACCUAAUAUUCGUCAGGUUACUCAUACGGACGAAUCUGAUGGAAGUUCAGAGCGGGAUCGCAAUUCUGGAACAGCAGCCAAACGGUAGAAGCAACAAUGUUGCAUUCAUUAUCCUAUUUCUCCAUUUCUAUUCAACUUCUACACACAUAAUCCUCCUCUGCCACUCGCGUACUCCAUGAUUUCAUCCCAGUUGCCCUGCCCUCCUUCAAAAAAAAAAAAAAAAAACACUUUCACUACAAAGAGUGAUGGUAUGUUUACAGAAUUAAAACAGUAAUGUGGGUCGUAUUUUCUUAAUGGGGCGUUAGAGAGUGGCAUAACAAGCCAAUGGAAAAGCCAGUAAUCCACAUGACACACGAAAUAGUUGAAGCAGGGAAAAACGGAUUGAAUUUUUAACAGCAAAAAGAGGAAUCCAAUUUGUAACACUUAGGGUCGGGGUUGGAUUUACAUUCUUCGUGUCAUUGGAGAUCCUGUAGCUGCGCAUAUUCUAUGCAAGAAGAUCAUGUUGUCAGAUCGAAGGCUUCCGGCGUGGGGUUCUCUGUCCUUUCUGGCGGUGUGCAAUAAAAGUCAAGAUGUGAGUAGCAAGAACGCUGCACCAGGCCCAUAGUCAAGUACAUUUGUAAAACUCGUUCACCCAAAACGUGAGUGAGCUUCUCUUAUUCCCAUUUCUUCUUUUUUUCUGUCCUAUUUUCUUUAAACUGCGUUAUUUUUCUCAACACUGCUCUUCGUCUUCUUUUUAUCUUUCUAUAUCACGUGCAAUAGUGUUGUUUGAUGAUCCACUCUUGCUUUCCUCUUAAUUCAAUCGUGAAUCGUGUCGUAGUCAGCGAGUGGGGAUCAUGGCGACCACCUCCUGCACUUUUGUUCCAUUCCCCCACUCAUCGUCCCUUCUCCUGCUCCCUAAUCUCCAUAUAAAUUUUAAAUUAAAAGGAAACUCGCGUUUUCCGCUCGAUUGUUUCGGUUUGGCCGUCUUUAAAUUUACUCCGCGUUUCAUAAAACGCUCGAUGAAAACAAAACGGUGAACAUUCCACAUCCCGAUGGUCAUCAUCUCUAUGAAGAGUGAAUAAAUAAGUAAAACCACAACCUCAACCUUAAAAAAAAAAAAAAAAAAAAAAAAAAAAUCAAAUAUUGAAGAAGACAUAGCGUGAGCAGCCGUAUUAUGUAUUAAUUUAUUUUUUAUUAUUAUUUACCUUUUUUCUUCGUGGUAUGUCGUCGAGGUCUCAAAAGACGCCCAGCUAUCCGUCGGUUACAUUUGUUUAGGUAUUGUUUAUUUUGCUUGUGUUCGAGUAAAGAUGUGUGAAACGCUUCCCCAUAUAUUUAAAAGAUUUUGAUGGAGAUACCAGUCUAAUAAAUGAUGCGAUGAAAA